GGAUUAAAAUAAAGGAACCAAAGAAUACUAAUAUUAUGUUCCUACAAAACAAAUAACCCCAAAGUCAAAAACCUGUAAAAAAUCGAACCGAAGUAGAGAAUUAGUUUGAAAAUUUUUAGCGCUUCAACGAUUUCUUCUUCUUCCUCAAUCGUGGUUAUCCCAUGUUAGUGAAUCUUUGAAACUGUACUACACUGCUUUGUAUUUUUAGGGGAUUUUUGAAGUUGAACUAUGAUUUACACGGCAAUAGACACAUUCUAUCUAGCAGAGGAGCAGCUUGUAGAAUCUCCUUCUAGGAAAGAUGGAAUCGAUGAUGUUACAGAAACAGCACUUCGAAUCUAUGGUUGUGAUCUCGUUCAAGAGUGUGGGAUUUUGCUCAGAUUACCUCAAGCUGUAAUGGCCACUGGCCAAGUGUUAUUUCAUCGCUUUUACUGCAAGAAAUCAUUUGCCCGUUUUAAUGUGAAGAGGGUUGCUGCUAGUUGUGUUUGGCUUGCAUCAAAACUUGAAGAAAGUCCGAGAAAAGCAAGGCAGGUGCUUGUUGUUUUCCACAGAAUGGAAUGUAGGAGAGAAAACUUACCUAUAGAACAUCUGGAUACAUCUUCGAAGAAAUAUGUUGAUUUGAAAGCAGACCUAAUUAGAACAGAGAGGCAUCUGUUAAAAGAGAUGGGUUUCAUCUGCCAUGUUGAGCAUCCUCAUAAAUUUAUAUCAAACUACCUUGCAACUCUUGAAACACCUGCAGAAUUGAGACAAGAAGCUUGGAAUCUUGCAAAUGACAGUUUGCGCACAACACUCUGUGUAAGAUUCAAGAGUGAGGUUGUGGCCUGUGGAGUUGUAUAUGCUGCAGCCCGUAGAUUUCAAGUGCCCCUCCCAGAGAAUCCUCCUUGGUGGAAAGCAUUUGAUGCAGACAAGGCUGGUAUAGAUGAAGUUUGCAGAGUUCUCGCUCAUCUUUACAGUCUUCCAAAAGCAAAAUACAUUCCUGUAUGCAAAGAAGGAGGUUCCUUUGCUACAUCAAACAGAUCAAGAGACUCGCCGUCGCUUCCUGUAUCUAAGGAAGGUUUGUUGGAUGCUCCACCAGUGAAUGAAGAUACUGAGGAAGUCGCUAAGGAGGCAGAUGCAAAAGCUGUCCUUGAUAAGUUGAAGGACUCAAAGAAGAGUGAUGAUGACUCAAAAAACAUGCCUUCAGAAGGGGAGUCAAAAGAAGAGCCAGGAAGAACUGACCAUAGAAUAGAUGCUGGUGGAGAAAAGAACAAGGAUCGAGAGAGGGACAGGGGCAGAGAUAGGGAGAGAGAGAGGGAUAAGGAAAGACUAAAGUCUCGUGAACGUGAUAGGGGAAGGGAAUCUGACAGGGAAAGGGAGAGAGAUGACUUCGAAAGGGACAGAGAAAAAUCCAAGGAAAGGAGUCAUCGUUCAAGAGACAAAGUUUUUCUGCUUUGCCUUACUCAAGCUGAUCUAAAUACUGCAGGUCACUCAGAGAAACCAAAACAUCAAUCUUCUCGAGAUCGUGAUUACCUGUCUUAUUCAUCACGGGAGAAGGAUCGUCGUAGACAUCAUUAGCUUGGAACGGCCCGACAGAAUGUGCUCUCAAUCACUGCCAACUUGCUCCAUUAAAGCUUGCUUUAAAUUAUACUUCACCGAUUUCGUGAAUCUGCUAUGGAGGGUUUAUUUAAUUGGAGGAAAUAGUAUAUCCUCCACCUGUUGAAAUUGGACCCAUCAUUCUCCUGCUUAAGCCACCUAAAAAUAUGUUUCUGGCUUAAUGUUGCAGGUUACCAUGCCAAAUAUGUUUGUCGUUUUUCUGAAUUUUAGCUGCAGUUCUUUGCAUAUAGCUGGGGAAGUGCCUUCUUGGUGAAACUGUACCACACCCUUACAUAUCAACGGAGAGGUCUCUUGUAAUCGGUUUUUAACUGUUGUCCUUUAGUUCCCUCGAACAAUUGACAUAACCUUUGUUGUUCUAAUAGCUUGUGUCUUAAAGCAGGGUUGUUAGCUUUCUGCGCGACAGUUAUAUAAAGAGUCUAGUAACUGAGA